AUGGCUGACUGCAAAGUUGGCAAGAGGCACACGAGCGACACUGGCGAUGAAGAUGCUCAGGUGAAGCUGUUCAGCUUUUUCGAGGAACUUGCUGAGCCAGUGAGAAAGUUGGUACAAACGGCCUGGCGGUCCAGAGGGAAGCUCAUGCACGAUAUGAAGGCUUACGUCCUGCUCUUUACCAGCAUGGUUUGUUCCAUGCCUGCACGCGCGUUGCGUGUGGUCCAGAACCCGAAGCUGCAUGCUUUGCUGGCAGAGGAGGAGGAUCCGCAAGCACUUGCUGCUGUGGUUGCUGGAACAGGAGGUGCGCUCUGUUUGGGCUCCGUGGGAGCUGUCAUUGGAGCCACUGUGGGCGCUGCUGUGGGCCUAUGUGUCGGGGCUGUUCCGGCCCUCUUCACCUUUGGGCUCUCACUUCCACUGGGGGCCGUGCUUGGUGGAUCUGGCGGUCUUCUUGCUGGGGCCUUGACGGGCAGCUCUGCUGGCUUUGUCGGUGGGGCAACAAGCGGUACAUUUUUAGCCUAUUUCCGAUCUGAGAUCAGGCUUGCAAUUGUCUUCGUCAGCGCCAAAGUGUAUGAUGUUUACCACAUCACGGUCGUGCGACCUACAAAUGCCAUGAAGGCAGCAAACCGCAAAGUCCGGGACGGGGUCCAUCACUCUACGGUUUACACGCAAGAAAAGGCUAGGGCCACUGCAGACUUCGUUAAGAGCGCCGCUGCCAACCGUCACGUGCAGGUGUCGACCGCCGGCGCUGGCUUUGGAGCUGCUGCAGUGGGCACUGCCGGAGCAGCAACUGGCGCCUGUCUUGGGGGCACAGUAGGUGCCUUGGUGGGUUUGGUGCCGGCUGUUUUCACGUUUGGCCUCUCCAUUCCCAUCGGUGCAGCAGUUGGUGGCUCGACUGGCCUGUUGGUUGGUGGAGCCGCUGGAUGCAGUGUUGGCUUUGCAGGUGGAGGCAGCAUGGCCUUCCUGGCAUACAGUCAGAGAGGCAUUCCCUCGACGGUCUACAAUUACUGCAAGCUCCAGUUGGGUGCCAAAGCACCAGCCGCGGUGGACAUGCGCGAGGCGGUCAAGCAAUAG